CUUUUUUAAAAGUGCUCCUAACUGUUCUUCACCGACACAAGUUUUUUGGAAAGAAAAGAAGACAUUCGAAACAAUGAGCUUCCCUGUUGUGGACUUCAGCGCCUUCAUCCUGGACGUGGAGGACAUUUGUCCCGCAGACUUGGACCGCCUGAGCAGGGACGUGAAAGAAGCUUUUACCCGAGUGGGCUUCGUCUUCCUGGACAACACCGGCAUCACGCAGGCGGAGGUGGAUGGCGUCAUGGAAGCUUCCAGAAGGUUCUUCCUGCAGCCAGACCACUUCAAGAAGACAUUCGGCAGGAAAAGCUUCCCCAACUGUCCCCUGCACGGCUGGAUCCCCAUGGAGACGGAGAGGGUGGAUCCAGGAACACCAGCAGAUUUAAAAGAGUCGUUCAACAUGACUUCACUACAUCCUGACAUAAAAUGGCCCUCCCCUGAGAUUGUGGCGGGAUUCCAGGAGACCAUGGCGGCUUUUUACCACCGCUGCAAAGAGCUGAGCUUGCGGAUUUUGAAGGUGUUGGCCCACAGUUUGGCUCUGGACCCCGACGUGUUCCUGAGCGCUCACCGCCUGGUCGAAACGGAUGAGAACACGACGACGCUGCGUUCCAUCUACUACCCUCCGGUCCAAGCGGCCAAGGAGGGCCAGCUGAGAUGUGGCCAGCAUUCAGACUACGGGAGCAUCACCUUGUUGUUCCAGGGUUCUGAAGGUCUGCAGGUGCUGGAACAUUCUGGUGAGUUCAUCACUGCUCCUUGCAUCCCCGGGGCCGUUCUCAUCAACAUCGCUGACAUGAUGCAGCGUUGGACCAGCGACCAGUUCGUCUCUCUGGUCCACAGGGUCGUGCUGCCCCCUGCUGGCGACUCCACUACACGGCAGUCUCUGGCCUUCUUCCUCAUGCCCGACGACGAGGCCGUUAUCGCCUGUGCCGACGGAUCCGACAGGUACCAGCCGGUGCAGCUUGGCGCCUACCUUGCUGAGCGCAUCGGCAACAUCUACUCAGAGUAGCGCUGGCGCCGCCUGGAUCGGACUGCUAGGUGAUGAUUUUAGUGAUGAGUCGUACGCACGUCUGACAACUUGCAGCCUCAUUCACUUCAUUGCCACUGCGAGACAUGACGUGGUGGAAAGUACAGGAAGUGAACGUUUGCUGCACAAGACAUUGACAGUCAUUGCAAUCAUUGUUAAAGUACAUAAAAAGCAAACCACAUCAUUAUUGGUGUGGUUGUCAUGACAACAGGAACUACAGGUAAAAGCCAGUAAAUUAGAAUAUUUUGAAAAACUUGAUUUAUUUCAGUAAUUGCAUUCAAAAGGUGUAACUUGUACAUUAUAUUUAUU